CAGCUUUAUUUUUCAGUGACAAGAAGUGCGUAACAAACCAUAUUCCUUUACUGACAGUGACUGCGCCAUGAAUGGAAGCGAAGUAGUGGUCGUUACAGGCUUUGGACCUUUCAGACAGUUCUUAGUGAAUCCCAGCUGGAAAGCAGCUCAGGGGUUGAAGUUGGUCGGAUUGGGACAGCGGACUGAUAUUUACAUCAAGGAAGUACCAGUGAGUUAUGUUAAGACUCAGCAAAUCAUUGCUGAGAUUUGGCAAACUCUUAAACCAAAGUUUGCCGUACAUCUGGGCCUAGCCAGAGGUUCCAGUGUCAUCAUUCUGGAGCAAACGGCGAAGAACGGCGGAUACAGAGACAAAGAUGUGUGCGGCUUCUGUCCCGAGAGUCACUGCUGUGUGGAAGGAGGUCCAGAGAAACUAGACUCAGUCAUUAACAUGAGAGCUGUCUUCAAAGAGUUCAAACCAGGAGGGAUGGAUGUGAUUUAUUCAAGAGACGCCGGCAGGUACCUGUGUGAUUUUGCGUAUUAUUGCUCGCUGUAUCACGGUCAGAGGAGAGCGGCCCUCAUCCAUGUACCCUCAUCUGGCAGCCUGACCUCAGCUGACAGACUGGUGCCUCUGCUGCAGAGCCUCAUCCAGAGCAUGCUCGACCAGCUGGAGGACCCUUCAGGCAGGCAGCCGCAGUGAGCUCCUCGGUGUCCGGCGGUUUGUUCUCCUCGCUGUAGAAGAAGCUCAUUUCCCUGAAGGGGGGGUCCAGUUCAUCUUUGAUGCUGCUGAUGAUCUCCAGGAAGGACGGACGCAUCUUGGG